AUGGAGGAAAUUUUGAAGAAUAUUUAUUCUGAUUCCGAUUCGUUUGCCGUGGAGAAUAACGGCAUCGGAGGUGGCGAUGCCGUUGUGGACGGUGGUGGUGCUGGUGGAGGAAUGAGAAAUGGUAGUGGGGAUGCGAAUAGGACGGUGGAUGAGGUGUGGAGGGAAAUUGUAAUUGGAGGUGGAAAUGGGGGUGGGGGUGUGGAGCCGGCGAUGACUUUGGAGGAUUUUCUGACGAAGGAAGGGGUGGUGAGUGAGGAGGAUGUAAGGGUUCCGGCGGUGACGGUGGCACCUAUUCCUCCUGCCACUGCGGCGUUUGGUGUGGAUGCGACGGUGAAUUCCGUGGUGGAUGUGGAGGCUUCAGGGCAGUUUGCUCCGGCGGUGUGCAUGCAGAAUGGAUCAACAGGUGGAGGAUAUGGGAUGGAGUUUGGAAAUGGAAUGGUGGUUGUGGGUCGGAGUGGCGGUGGCAGUGGUAGAGGGAAACGUAGGGCCCUCGAAGAAGUUGUGCUCGAUAAGGCCACUCAGCAGAAGCAGAGGAGAAUGAUAAAAAACAGAGAGUCUGCUGCCAGGUCCAGGGAACGGAAGCAGGCUUAUACUGUGGAGUUGGAGACAUUAGUGACACAACUAGAGGAGGAAAAUGCAAGGCUUUUGAGAGAAGAGGCUGAGCAGAAUAGGAAGAGGUAUAAACAGCUUAUGGAGAACCUGAUUCCAGUGGUAGAGGGAAAGAGACCUCCAAGGGUUCUGCGGAGAGUGCGUUCCAUGAACUUGUAG